GAGGAGCUCUGAGGUGGACGGACAGGAGUAGCAGACUGGGUCGGACUCAGCACCUGAGGGAGUCACAAUAAGUUUGUUUAUGUCCAGCUGGAACCGGAUCUCAGUGAGACCUGGAAGCCUUGGAGCAUUAAACUUUAAAAUACCGGACGUUUUAAAUAGUUUAUUUAUUCAGGAAGCUAUUCUUUAUAACUGGUAAGGCAAGUUUCCUCUACACUGUUACAAGACAAAGGAUAACAACAUCGACCCGUCUGCUGAAUGUACUAAGGAUAAAUAUCACGUUAUCACAUAUAAGACUGUACUGCAUGUGUAAUUCAUGCAGCUUGCAAGUAAUUUAUCAACUUAAGCUGUGAAAGUCGCCCUUGUUUUUUGUUGUAACAGUAUAGACAUUUUAUAUUUUCAUAGAAAUCCCGCUGUAGGUUUCCGAUUCAGCAGAGCAUUUAUCAGUGUGCUCAGGUACCAGCACGCUUCUCCCUUCGCUUUACCAGUCCGGUUAAAAUUUAGUUUACUCAGGAAAAUGAUGCGGAUGCCUAAAGGCGUUUCGCCGGCAUCGGGUCGGCAGACAGUGGGGCUCCCUUGCUCUCAGCAGAAGAUGAAGGUUUUAUCCACCGGUGCAGUGAAGACCGACUUCUUCCUCACCGGAUUGUCCAGUCCGCAGAUGAACACGGUACCGGCCGGAUAUUUCACCCAGAUCUGCAACACCACCGUGGCCGAACAAAGAGCCAACAGCCUGUAUUCAACCCCCCAUGGACCUGAGGCUAAACCCAUCAGAUCAUCCUCCGGGCGACUGCCGGCUAAAAGGAAGCUGGAUUUAGAAGACCCUCUGUAUCUGCCAGAGUUUCGUACACCAAAAGGAAAAUGCAGCAUUGGAGGAGCACGGAUACCAAGCCCAAGGACUCCAAAGUCUCCAGGUGAGCGGACGCGAUACGAUACGUCGCUGGGCCUGCUGACCAAGAAAUUUGUGGGUCUGAUUGCGGAGUCUCCUGAUGGAGUCCUUGAUCUGAACUGGGCCACUGAAGUCCUGGAGGUCCAGAAGAGACGCAUCUAUGACAUCACCAAUGUUUUAGAGGGCGUCCAGCUCAUCAGGAAGAAGUCAAAGAACAACAUCCAGUGGCUGGUUGGAGAUGUGUUUGAAGGUGGAGCAGGCGGAGGGGAGAAGGCCCGUGCCCUGAGGAAAGAGCUGGGAGACCUAGAGAGAGCAGAGAAAUCUCUGGAUGAACAGAUUCAGUCCAGCACCACACAGCUCAAACAACUCACAGAAUAUAAAGACAGUCAGAGAUUGGGCUAUGUGACGUAUCAAGACAUCCGCUCCAUCGGCAGCCUGCGAGACCAGACAGUCAUUGCUGUCAAAGCCCCUGCUGAGACCAAACUGGAGGUGCCAGAAGCAGCAGGGGGCUCAUUACAGAUCUAUUUAAAGAGUAGAAAUGGUCCCAUAGAAGUCUACCUGUGUCCAGAGGAGGGUCUUGAAGAUGCCAGCCCUGUUAAGAGUGUUGUCACUCCUAAAAAGGAAUUCCCUCUAACACCAGACCCUCCUGCUGCAACCCCAAUAGGACCACCAAGUUACAGCGUCAAAGAGGAGCCUGUUGACUCCAACAUAUCCACAGCAGCUCCAGCCGCCGCCUCAGCAACGACCUCCAGCUCCUCUCUGCUUGACGUAGAGGGUCUGCUGGGUUUGCCCCCCAGCCUGCUUCAGAUAACCGAGGACCAGCUUCCUGGCACUUCCUUCACCUCAGACCCCAACACCCCCUUUGUCAGUUUCUCUCCACCUUUAGACCACGAUGACUACCUCUGGAGCCUGGAGGAUGGCGAGGGAGUGUCAGAUUUCUUCGACACUUACGAUCUUGGCGAUUUGUUGAAGAGCUGAGGUUCAGAUGAGGGAUGGGGGGAGGGAAAUUCAGGGAGAAGAAGGUUAAAUAUUUAAUUGAAUGCCUUCAUGAGGCAAACUAUAUUACACUAUGAAGCCAUCAACUGUUUUAAUGUCCAAAGGAGGAAUCAACUUCUGUGUUUAAAUUAUAAUAUAAAAGCAUUUGUACAUAUGGUAAAGAUGAUCUGAUGUGGACAGUAACUGGAGGUUUGGUGGAUCGUCUGUCAUGUUCUCAAAUAGUCCUGUAAAGAUUGAAAAAAAUUAAAUUUCAUAGAAAACAGGAGUUAUUGUUUAUGUAAUAUCAUCAGGGGAAAAAAAACUGAUGAUGCAUUUGUUUAUCAGUCAUUGUUUAGUGUGACCAACUCAGGAACAUUUUUUUCCUCAUUUCCAAAGUCGAAAUAAUUGUUUGUGCCACUUUCUGGCCCGUAGGGGGCAGCAUUGUAUUAUGUCAGCUUUAACUGCCGUGCAGCUUUACAGGAUUCAAUCACUGGAUCAAAGUAAGCUAAAGCCAUGAAGAGCCAUACACAGGAUAUGUUUGCAGUGUUUUCACCACUGACCAAAUUAAGCUGUGAGUGAGCGUUAAUGUUCACAAGCAUCAUCCUGAGAGUACACACUGUGUGAGACCUCAGUAUAGAAUUUAGACAUUAAAACUGGUUUUUAAGGUGCUCAUUUUUUAAGGUUGCUUCUUUCACUCAUGUUGCUUCUUUCAUGCUCCUUCAUGCCUUAAGCUUAAUAUCAGGCUUUGUACCAGUUUGGUAUUGCAUUGUGUGCCAGAAUGCGCAGGCUGUGACCCAGAGUCAGCGGUAAUGACAAAUGGUGGCUUUUCUUUCUUUCUUUUUUUUUUUUUUGAACUUAUACAAUCUUUGACUAAGCGGGGUGGGCUUGUCCACUCCCCCUUGUUGGUUUGGCAGCUUUGUUUCAAUUGCUGAUCUGUUUAUCUGAGUUUAAUAGUUGAAUUUAAGUGAUUGGUUUUAAUUUAUUAGUGUAAAACUACUAUUGUGUUUCUUAGGAAAUAACCCAAAAUAAAUUAAAUGCAGCAUCUGUGUUGCAAGCGGUGGUGAAGGAGUGGGGUCGGGGGGUGGGGGUAAUUGAUGUAAAUGAGGUUUAAUUA